AUGGGGAAGAAACCAGCACCCAUGUCGGAAGAUGAAGGAGACGUUCCCUUGCAUCCUCCACUGAGGUCCAAUUCUCAGGAUGCGGCGUCAUCAUCCUCCUCACCAAUAAUGAGCACUCCAAAUCAACCUUCUGUCAACACACCACCAACGCCUCAAUCAUCUCGAACCAGACGCAGUCAAGAAGCCCGGGCAAAGAUGGAGGGCAUGCCAAGUCCGGGUGGAACUAUGAAAGCCAGAGCCAAGCUGGGCGACCACGAAAAGGAGACUGGUGCCGGAGUGGUGGCCAGCAAUAAAGAGGAGUGUGCUCCCAGUCGCGCAGUCACAGACAAUAAUCCAGACGACUUCCCUCAUACCCUCAACAAGACGCCCUAUCCAGAAUCGAGUGAAUAUACUAGUCGCGACAAUAUUGGGGAAAAUCAGCAGCAGCAUCGUCAAGCACAAAACAACGAUAUCAUUGGGCACGGCGCCUUUGCGAUUCGUAAUCCUAGUGGGAAUAAUGAUGUUAAUACUUCCAUGGUGGACAAUUUGAUGGAGCCCCAAGAGUCGGCGCCAGGUUCCAAUGGGUCGGUCAAAGGCUUGUUAGUUGCUGCCGAAGUAGCUUCCACGAACCGUGAUCGAGAAAUUCAAGAGGAGGCCGAACGAUUGCGACAGCAAAUAUGGGAAAUGCAGCAACAAGGAGAGCAACAAGAAGUCGUCGUGGCCGUUCCCGCGGAUGACGAAAAGUCGGCGCCAGAGGAGGUACCAGACGAAGCCGCACAAGCACGAAGACUUCUGGGCAAGAUUGUGGCCUUUUGCCUUGUUGUGGGUGCCAUUGCAAUUGCUGUAAUUUUCUUAGUUCCACCCUCGGAAGAACCCCCAAAACUUGUCUCGGAUCUACCUUGUGUCUCGGAAAGCGAGGUUUUCCCGCUUGGUCUCUGUGUCGGAGAUUGUGACAAUGAUGAAGACUGCCAAGACGGAUUGGAGUGUUUUCAACGAAAUGGAGGCGAAGCUGUGCCGGGCUGUAGCUGUGGCCAAGACGAUUCCUCCCGAACCGAUUAUUGCGUGGCGAUUAACUUCCCUCCAGUCAUUGAGACCAACAAACCGCCAUAUGGUAUCUGUCAGGGAGAUUGCGAUACCUCUGCAGAUUGCCAAACGGGCCUGAUUUGUUAUCAACGAUCGCGAGGAGAACCCGUUCCAGGGUGUUCUGGCGGUGAAAACGACGCGAGCAACAAUGACUACUGCAUUGAUGGUGGCCCUUUGCCCUUCCUUGGUGUCUUUGGAGAUCGGCUGAUUGGAUCACCCGAUGACAAUUUCGGAACUUCGGUGAGCAUCUCGAAGGAUGGCACGAUUCUGGCCGUUGGAGCACCCGAAUUGGGGUCAACCGGGUAUGUCGACAUCUAUAGCUCCCUAUCCAAUGCAACCGAGUCUGCCAUGGCAUCUUGGACCUUGAUGGCCACGAUACGUGGUGAUGCGAUUGGAGAGGCAUUUGGUUCGAUAGUGUCACUAUCAGGAGAUGGAAAGACUGUGGCAGUUGGUAGUGUGUUGGAGAAUAGAAACCCAGAUGGAAGUCAAUUGAAUACAGGAAGCGUCCGAGUCUUCCAAGCAUCGGAUGACUUGAAGAACUGGGUCAUGAUUGGAGAGGAACUGAUGGGAGACGAAUACGAAAUGGAUGGUGACAAAUUCGAAUUUUCGAUAGCUCUUUCCAGUGAUGGAACGUAUGUGGCAAUCGGUCAAAUGUACUCGCCAACGGGUCGGGGAACCCUACUAUUUCGCAAUGACAAUGACAAUUGGAUGUUCUGGGGCUCUCCAUUUUCAGAAUUCCGCACUGGGUCUGAUGUCACACUUGCAACUGCCGCUUCUGGUGACCUUCGAGUGGCUAUCAAUGGAGAGAAUAGUGUACUUGGCCCAGGACAGGUACAUGUAUCAGAGUUAGGAGUAAAUGGAGAAUGGACCGAGAUUGGGCAAUCACUUGGUGAAAAUGACGGUGCGGCGAUAGCCUUAUCGGAUGAUGGAACAAUCAUGGCUCUGUCGAUUACGAAUCGAACAAGCAGUUUGGGUGACAGCGGUCCAGAGCACGUAGCUGUUUAUCGAUUAGACAAUUCCUCUUUGCCCACGAAGUGGUCACAAAUGGGUGUACUGAUUCCAAUUCCAGGCGGAGAUGUAUCCAACGAGCCCUCGAUUGCUCUUUCAAGUGAUGGAUUCUUGCUUGCUAUUGGUGAGCCAUGGCACGAAGAUGUUGGCCGGGUCCGGCUGUUGUCGUACAACGAGCGAAUAGACAGAUGGGAGCCAUUCGGCGACCAUAUUAUUGGGAAUGCCUUUGGUGGUUUCUUUGGCGCUGCGAUAUCUCUUGUAGAGUCACGUGACCAGUCCAAACUUGCUGUCGGCGCUCCAUCUUCUCCCUUGAAUCGAGGUGCGCGUGGCGCAGUGUCUUGUUAUCAAGUGCUAUUGGAAGAAGACGAAGCUGCCGAUGCGACCUUUUCACCAACGCCAACACCAACCGCAUCUCCUGUGGUGUCUUUUGAAGAGGUAGUCUACCUGAAAGGGAAGGAAAGUCGCGAGGCCAUUGGUACCUCACUAGCACUUUCAAGAGACGGCAAGUCGUUUGCAUACACAAUACAGACUCCAGAUGGACUGGAGUCAGUAAGGACUAUCAAGUAUGACUCUUUGGAGAAUCAAUGGGAUGAUCUUGGGACUAUUUUGGGCGAUGAAGUCGGUGCGGACUUUGGUCGUUCGCUCUCCUUCUCGGGAGACGGCUCUAUUCUUGCUAUUGGAAUUCCGAAAAGCAGCAACGGAACAAUAGUUAACAAAGGAAGAAUUCGAGUGCUAAGUCACAAUGGAACUUGGAACCAAAUUGGUGGCGACAUCGUGCCCAAGGCUGAGGAACGAUUCGAAUGCUUUGAUGGAGUGCCUGUCCCAGACGACGUUUUCUGCCGGCAAGAUGAUGCUUCAAACAUCGAUGGAGGUAACUUCGGAUUUUCGAUUUCAAUAUCUGAAGGCGGGUCGAUUCUAGCUGUGGGCUCACCGUUUGGAUACGACGAAGCUGGACAAGUUGAUAUCUAUGAGUUUCAAGCUGGAGAUUGGAUCCAAGUAGGAGGCUCCAUCGUUGGGCCCAAAAGUCAAUAUGGUAAACUUGGUUGGUCUGUUUCCUUGUCAAGUGAUGGCCUCCGUGUCGCAGCUGGAGCUAGAACAAAUGGACAAAUAGUGGAAGAGGCCGGAGCAGCCCGAAUCUACGAAUUUCAGGGCGGUUCAUGGCAACAGAUCGGAGAGGAUAUCUCUGGUCUUGCUCCGGGUGACCGCUUUGGAGGUGCCAUAUCACUCUCGGCUGACGGAGAAGUCGUUGCAAUUGGCAGCGUGAACAAUGAUAACGAGAAUGGAAAUAAUGCUGGUCACGUCCGGGUGUACAACUAUUCUCCUGAAACAAAUUGGACACAGAUGGGCAAGGAUUUGACCGGUAUAGAGGCUGGCGAUCAGUUUGGCUCAGCUCUUUCUUUAUCUGGUACUGGCAGAAAGCUUGCAAUCGGUUCCCAGUCUGCCGGUUACAUUCAAUUGUUUGACUACGAUAACGACAACUCGUAUUGGCGCCAGACAGGCAACCCAUUGACGCGUCCAAGAGAAGCUGGUGGGGGAUUCGGUUCCAGUGUGUUGCUUGCUGAAAUGGGCGAUGGAAGUUUGACUGUCGCUGUUGGAUCACCGUUGGUGACGACGCCCACGCAACUUUUCCAACCGGAUUCGGUGAUUGGAGAAAUUCAUGUUUUUAAAUAUGGGAUAUGA